ACAGACUGCUCUACUCCUGACGUGGUUUGAAAGGGAAUACUGUGGAGUUAGUGAGAGAGAGAGAGAGAGAGAAGUAAUCGGAGUGGAAUACCCGCUCAUUGUGGAGUCUAGAGCCCCGUGGCAGGGACUUUACCUGUGCCAAGGGAGAGCUAAUCAAGCUGCCAGCGCAGGGAUUCUGGGAUUUCUGGAGCGACAGGAGAAGGACUGGCUUUCUCCGGGCUUGCACAGGCUUGGUCCGUAAGCGUGGUGCUGUCCACCACGCCCCGCCCCCUCUAGAACCUUCCAGGGCUGUGAAUGGGAGACGUGUAGCAGUGGAGAUGCAAGUGAUGUCAGCACUCCCCUUCAGACGCUAAGCCAUGGGGAACGUGGAGAGCCAGAAUGGAGACCACUCCGUCCGGGUUGAGGUGCAGGCCCAUCUGUCGCGCAAGCACGUGUCCCGCUCGCUCCGGAUGCCCAGCAAGCAGCCCCGCCGCCUGCACCGCACCUCCUCAGGCAAGGCGGAGCGCCAUGGCCCAGAGGUGAGUGCCCGCUCCAGCAGUACUCCCAGCAUCCCGCACUCUCUGGCUCAGAACGGCAUGGAGGCCUUAGGUGCGGUGGAGGCGCCCAGCCGGGCGACGGGCACGCGGCCCGCCUCUCUCCUCGAGCACACGGGAGGUCCAGGCUCAGAGGACAGCAGGGACACAGUGGUGGAAGGCGGCGAGGACGAGGAGACGCUCCCGCAGCGGGCGAGUGAGGUGCCGGAAGAGGGCGGCGGCAGUCUGAGGAAGAAACGCUCCAAGUCGGCAGACAUGUGGCGAGAGGACUCGCUGGAGUUCUCGCUGUCUGACCUGAGCCAGGAACACCUGACCAGUACGGAGGAGAUGGGUCGCGGCGGGGACCGCGAAGACAGUGGCUACCCUGCCGCAAGCGAUAGCCACUCUGGAGAGAGGGCUAACUCGCUGGACGAGCUCUGUGGGGGGUUCAGGAGCUCCCGGAACCGGUACAAGUAUGGGAGGGACAUCGCACGGACCACGGGGGGUGAGGGGAACGAUGACCUACCAUCUCCAGGAGAAGAAGACGGUUGCGGGUAUGGCGCCUACACCCUACCCUGCCGACGCUCUCAUUGCCUCUCUGAAGGUCCUCCGAGCCACCAGGGGGUGCUGUGCUCUGGACUGCAGGGACGCCGUGCGCAAACUUCACAUGACAUCACGGCAGGCGAGGGGAGCGAGUAUGGCGACAGCGGCAUCGAUGGCGUGGCCCCGGAGGCGGAGCCGGCGUCGCGGCGCUGCAAGGCCAUGUCGGCCUCCUUCUCUGUGUACUCGGCGGCCAGCAGCAGCGUGUUCGCCGGCAGCGACAGCGGCAGCAGCAGCAAUGGGGGCGGAGCCAGCGAGCGGGCGGAGCUCGGGCGGCGGGCGGCGGCGGCGGGCGAGCAGGGCGUGUACGAGAACUUCCGUCAGGAGCUGGAGCUGAGCUCGCGGCAGACGCGUGAAAGCUUGGAGGAGGCGGGCUCGGCCGCCAGUGACGAGAGGAGCAGCGGCACGGUGAGCUCCGCCUACCGCUCGGACGCGCUUCUGGGCGUGGCGCAGGGCACGGUGCGCAAGGCUGGCGCGCUGGCCGUCAAGAACUUCCUGGUGCACAAGAAGAGCAAGAAGGUGGAGCCUGCCACCAGACGCAAGUGGAAGCGCUAUUGGGUGUCAUUGAAAGGAUGCACUCUGUUCUUCUACGAGACCGACGAGCGCUCGGGCAUCGAUCACAAUAGCAUUCCCAAACAUGCAGUGUGGGCAGAGAACAGCAUCGUCCAAGCAGUUCCAGAACACCCCAAGAAGGACUUUGUCUUCUGCCUCAGUAACUCCUUGGGAGAUGCAUUUCUCUUCCAGACGUCAGGGCAGACAGAGCUGGAGAACUGGAUCACGGCGAUCCACUCUGCAUGCGCAGCCGCCGUGGCCCGGCAGCACCACCGCGACGACACCGUGCGCUUCCUGCGCUCCGAGAUCAAAAAGCUCGAGCAGAAGAUCGACAUGGACGAGAAGAUGAAGAAGAUGGGAGACAUGCAGCUGACGGCCGUCACCGACGGCAAGAAGAGGAAGACCAUCCUGGAGCAGAUCUUCCUGUGGGAGCAGAACUUGGAACAGUUCCACAUGGACCUGUUCCGUUUCCGCUGUUACCUGUCCAGCCUGCAGGGAGGCGAGUUGCCCAACCCCAAGCGCCUCCUGGCCUUCGCCUCACGCCCCACCAAGGUGGCCAUGGGCCGUCUGGGCAUCUUCUCCGUCUCCUCCUUCCAUGCGCUGGUUGCGGCGAGAAUGGAGAGUGGCGUUCGGAGGCGGACGCAAGCCUUGUCCCGCUCAUCCAGCAAGCGCAAGAGUCGAUUCUCCUCACUGUGGGGUCUGGACACGACCUCCAAGAAGAAGAGUAAAGACAGACCGAGUAUCAAUCAGAUGUUUGUGGACGGAGAGGAGUCGGUGAAAAAAAACCUGGAGCGCAUGUUGGACGACCAGGCCACAGAGUGCUCGAGGGAACAGAGAGUGUCUGUGAACAGCCUUCCUCAGACGCACGCAGACAGCGAAGUCUGGGUUCCCCAUUACCUCACACCAUCAUGGCUCACUCUGCCCAGUGAUCAGCCUGUGCUGGCCAUCAUCCAACCAGGAGAGACAACCACAGAAGCACUGGAAGCGGUGUGCAAGGCACACAGUCUGGAACCUUCCAAGCACUACCUGCGUGUGAAGUUUCAGGUGGACAGUCGAGUGCAGUCCUACAUCCCGAAACCUGAGGAGGAGCUCUGGGACCUGCUCUACAAGGAGAUUGAAAUUUGCACCAAAACUACCAAAGUCAUCCAGUUUGACAGAGAUGAAUCCAGCUCCAUUGGUUAUGGGUUCUCCGUGGCUGUGGUGGAUGAGAAUGGCACCCAGCAGCUUCAUAUCACACACGUGAGGACGGGAGGCUUGGCCUUCAUUAAAGGCCUGCGAGCAGGAGAUGAGAUCCUCCAGCUGAACGGCAAGGCGGCGAAAGUGCUGGAGCUGUCGGACGUGCGCGCGGCGUUCUCCCUGACCUCGCUUGCUCUCACUGUCAGCAGCGUGCCGGAGCGUGAGACACAGCAGCGGUGCCCCCUGCCACCUCGCCGCUCGGACACGCCGAACGACCUCUGCACUGACGUCUUCUCCCAGAGCCAAGAGGACAUUCUGGACGAGGCCCCUGACUUGGUGUUGAAGAGCCCAGACCACGAAGGAAGGGCCGCCUUAGCCGUCAACGGUGCAGUAGAUGGCACGCGGGCGGAGCCGGACGGCGAGCCCACACACGGGAGCACUGACCAGGUGACAGCGUUCUGCCGCAGCCUCCAUGACAUGAAUCCCGCCGAGGUUCUGCCUUCCUCCUCCUCUUCCUCCUCCUCGUCAUCCUGUGUACCAAGCCCCGUCUCUCCAACGUCGGCGCCCACAGCCCAGCGCCAGCUCUCGGACGCCGACAAGCUCCGCAAGGUCAUCAGCGAGCUGGUGGACACGGAACGCACCUACGUUAAGGACUUAAAUUGUCUGAUCGAGAGAUACCUGACUCCCCUGCAGAAGGAACACUUCCUCACGCAGGACGAGCUGGACGUUCUCUUCGGGAACUUACCAGAGAUGCUGGAGUUCCAAGUGGAGUUUCUCAAGACCCUGGAAGAUGGAACCAGGCUGGUUCCAGAUUUAGACAAGCUCGAGAGGGUGGAUCAGUUCAAGAAAGUGCUGUUCUCACUUGGCGGCUCCUUUCUGUACUACGCGGACCGCUUCAAAAUUUACAGUGCAUUCUGUGCCAGCCAUACAAAAGUUCCCAAGGUUCUUACCAAAGCAAAGAGUGACAGCGAGUUCAAGGCGUUCCUGGCUGAGAGGAACCCACGGCAGCAGCACUCCUCCACGCUGGAGUCGUAUCUGAUCAAGCCCAUCCAGCGAGUGCUGAAGUACCCGCUCCUGCUGAAAGAGCUCUACUGCCUGACGGACCCAGACAGUGAGGAGCACUACCAUCUCAAUGUUGCCAUGAAGGCCAUGAAUAAAGUGGCCAGUCACAUUAACGAGAUGCAGAAGAUCCACGAGGAGUACGGUGCAGUGUUUGACCAGCUCAUCAGUGAACAGAGCUCAGACAAGAAAGAGGUGGCUGAUCUGUCCAUGGGUGACCUGUUACUGCACACCACUGUGGCCUGGAUCAACCCCUCCUCAUCCCUGGUGAAGGGGAAAAAAGACCCCGAGCUCGCUGCCUUUGUGUUCAGGACAGCCGUUGUCUUCGUGUACAAAGAUUGCUCCAAGCUGAAGAAGAAACUCGGGGCUUCUCACAGAGUCUCUGUUACUGAAGAGAGAGACCCAUUUCGGUUUCGGCACAUGAUCUCUGCAGAUGCUCUCCAAGUGCGGACUCCCACCAACUCAGAAGGAACAGCAGUAUGCGAGAUUGUGCACGUGCGUUCAGAGUCUGAAGGAAGACCUGAAAGAAAAUUCCAUCUCUGCUGCAGCUCCCCUGACAGUAAGAAGGACUUCCUGAAGAGCGUGCACUCUGUCCUCCGAGACAAGCAGCGUCGGCUGCUGAUGAAGACGGAGAGUGUGCCGCCCAGCCGGCAGUACAUCCCCUUUGGAGGAAAGCGACUGAGGGCGCUGAAGGGAGCACAGCCCACUAUGAACAGAGCAGCUUCAGCUCCCUCUCGAAACCCUGGCCAACGGAGGCUGGUGCGGAACCGCUUCACUAUCGACACGGACGUGGUCUUUGACAGCGUCUCGGGCCAGGAUUCCUUCGACAACAGGUCCAGCCAGGAAUCCCCCCUAGGGCAGCAAACCUCACCUCCAGCUGAGCCGCGGCAGGCCGGCGGUGACACGGACCGCUGGGUGGAAGAGCAGUUUGACCUCCACCUCUUCGACAGGCAGGUGGAGGUCAAGGAGACGGACAUCCUCAGUGACGACGACGAGUACUGCGAGUCGGUCAAGGGGUCGUCGGCCGAGCCCAGCCUGGAAGAGUCCUUUGAGGCGCUCAUCGCCGAAGGCGAGGAAGACGUGGACGCACAGGAGGGAGAGGCGGGGGGCUGCAAGGAGGAGGACGCGAGCCGGAAGAGGGCUGCCGAAUCCGGACCGUCCUGCAAGCUGGACGGUAAGCCGCACGGCCCUCUGGGGCUGGCUCCCCUGCACAAGCAAUGCGCAGUGGAGGGUGCCGCCACCGAGAGUGAGAUCAUCUGGGUUCGCCGCGACGACUUCAACAGGCUGCAGCAGUGACCUCUUCUGAGGGGAGGAGGAGAGAGAAACCGUGGGAGAGGGAACACAUCUGACAGCUUGGCUCGAUGCCAGACACACAGUCCAGUUUUCUAGCCAUUAGCUUGUUUCCCUUUGCAUGGAAUAUCUAUUGGCCAUGUACGAGUGGGCCCAGACCACGGCCAAGAAGCCCAUAAGCUCUAGAUAACACUGAUGGAGAGAGACUGGAAGUAUGAAUGGCAGAUACGCGUCACCUUGAUCAAGCCCUAGCGCUCUCGUCAGGUUUCAUCAGACAUACUGUGCAUAUGCUACUUCUAGACAAUCCUAUAGGUCAAGUAAGAUCUUAACUUCUUAAUCGGUGUGUGGAGUCUGGAUGAUCCCAAGCUGCUGAAAACAUCUCACUGGACUCAUACAUGGCACCUCACCGCACACCUGACGUCCAGCCUGGAUUCCAUAGUGACGUACUGUGUAGUGGUGUUGUCUGUAGAUCCCUCACACACUAACAUGCUGAAUAGUGUGUACACGUAACCUAUAGGCAGCUACACUUUCUGUCAUCAAACCUGUUGCCAAAGCAACUUUUUUUUGUUGUUGUUGUUAAAAUACAAUGAGUGUGAGUAGGCUUUUUUUUUGGCUGUUUUGUUGUGAUUUGUUUGUUUUUGAAUAUUAACUUCUGUUCACCUGUACUGUAGUUGACUCAAGGGCUCUGUGUUCUGUUGUGACACAAAGGGGUGUUAUCUCGUGUGUUAGCGGUGUGCGGGUGACCUCGUUGAGGGCACGUGAGCAGGGCUUUUGGAUUACGCUCCCUCAAAAGUCACAUCCCCCACGUCUACGUUUUUUGUGUCCCAGGCGCAUUUUAGUUCCUCUUUUUUUCCUAUUCCAUAUCGGUUUUGCAGUUUACCUGAGAUUCCAGUAUUACCCAGCCCUAUUCGCUGAAGGGGUGUAUUGAAUUAUAAAUACUGAUCCUGCUGUACUUGAAUUUGUCGAGGAUGUUCUGAGACGUUGUGACACCGAACCUUCAACCAUGCACACUGCAAUAAUGUGAGUAGUUUUGGUUCAAGGCACGCAACUCCUUCACAUGUUCCCUCUUAGUGGUGAACUACUGACCAAAAUAGUUGACCUGAACACGCCGCAUGGUAUGACAUCACCGACUGGUGUACAGUCAUAUCUUAACAAACUGCGCUUGGCCAUUCAUAAAGUAGCAGUCGGUGUUUUUGAGGCUGUUUUAUCACCAGUAUGUGAAAUAUGAGUAUUUGAUUAAUUUUGGACCUUUUGUGAUAUUUUAUACAAUAGUUUGUGUAGAUCAUGGUGGACACUGUGUAUUACUGUAAGAAAAAGAAAGUCUAUUUUUAAUGUUAACAUGGAGAACAAACCCGCAUAUGAAAUGCAAUCACUUAGGCUACUGUACUGUAGUUCUGAAACCUUUUUGUCUUAGAGAGGUGCUGUAAAAUAAUGUAAAUAUUCCUCAACUUGUUCCCUUUGCAUUUUUGAAAUCAUAUGUUCAUAAUUUGUGUAUUACUGUUCUCCUAAAAUAAAGAUUCCUUAUUUAUA